AUGGCUACCCGCAAACCCCGUCGAGCCAACAACUACAACAACCACAAUCACAAUCGCCGUCAUAGCCAGGGCAUUCAACCCUCGGAUUACGAUUCGGACUACCAAGUUUACAUUUCCGAUACACAGCAGCUCCAUGAUCAACAAGAGCAGGCCAUGCCUACUGCCCCUCUUCGCUCCAACGAGGAGCUUAACCUCUCUGUCCUGCGCCGCCAUAACCCCGCCGUGAACUCGAUCCAGUCCCUUGCGCCCUUCGCAGUCGUCUACAUAUUCAGUCCAGCUACACGGCAGUGGGAGAAGACAGGUGUUGAAGGAUCACUAUUUGUUUGUCAGCUCGUACCGGGGAGUCUAGGAGAGGAGCGAUAUAGUGUCUUCGUGCUUAACCGACGAGGUCUCAAUAACUUCGACCUUCUCUUGACGGACGGCGAGAACGUGGAACUCACAGAGGAAUACAUUAUUCUUAAAUCCGACUAUAAUGCUGAGACCGGUAAUGCGACGGCCCCAGCCACAACCAAUUAUAGUGGUAAACCUGCAGAGAACGGCGAUAUUCGCAUUUACGGCCUCUGGGUCUUCUCAGAGCCCCCGCCGAAUUCUACGGCGGAGACUCGCACUAUCAAUGCCCAAGUGAUCCGAGAGUGCGCCUUCCUUGCGGGUCAGAGUCUCAAGCUAGCGCGUGAACGGCUCGAAGCCACCCGCCAGAACGGUCUACAUGCGGCUGCAACAGCUGCUUCUGCGACUACAGACCCAUUGGAUGAAGUCCAGUCUAGUGUUCCCAUGGGCCGCCAAAUUUCACUUCGAGACCUGUUUGGCCAACAAAGGGUGCAGGAUGAUGCAUGGAGUGUCCGCGCGCAUAGUCAGGGACCGGAAGAACAGCAUCCCCCAAUGGGAUCAGUCGCAACAGUGGAAUCAAAACCGCAGCCGGACGUUCUAGGAGAUCUAUUUAGGAGAGCAGGCCUAGCAUAUCAGGGUGGCCCGAAUCCCUGA